GUUACGAUUCAAGGUGGAAAUUUUACAAGUGGAGAUUAUACUAGAAAGGAAAAUAUCUCCUUGGACAAGGCCAAACGCUGCCUAAGAUGGGAAACCGCGAGUCACAGUGCUCGCGAGGCGAAUCAAAGAGCUGGUGACGUUAAACUGGCUCUUCAGUUGCUGGAUGAGGUGUUGCAAAACCCGACUAAGGAGUUUGUAUAUUUUCGUGAGCCAAUUUUGCGACACCUUAUCAACGGACUAGUAAAUGCCUACAUUCGUCACCGAUUCCUGUUACCUUCUUCACUUACUCCACUUGACCCUUUUGCAUCUAAUGAAUCGGAGCUUCUUAGCAGAGAGUUUCUUAGCCAACCGGUUUCUAAGUAA